CAGCAACAGCAAAUCUCAGCCAUCCAAUCACAAAAGAAGGAAUGGGUGGCUGGGCUAUAGUGGUACACGGCGGCGCCGGCGUCGACCCGAGAUUGCCGGAGGAACGUCAGGCGGCGGCGAAGCGUAUUUUGGCUCGGUGCCUUGAGAUAGGCGCUGCGGCGCUGAGCGCCGGAGCAGCGGCCGUCGACGUGGUUGAAAUGGUGGUGAGGGAAUUGGAGACGGACCCGUUCUUCAAUUCGGGCCGCGGGUCGGCCCUGACUGCCCGAGGGACGGUGGAAAUGGAGGCGAGUAUAAUGGACGGUCGUGAUCGACGAUGCGGGGCCGUGUCGGGAAUCACGACCGUUAAAAAUCCCAUUACGCUCGCUCGCCGGGUUAUGGACUUCUCACCGCACUCUUACCUGGCCUUUCAAGGCGCCGAGGAGUUCGCCGUCGAACAGGGCGUGGAAUUAUUGGAAAACGACUACUUCAUAACCGACCAAAACCUGGCCAUGCUUAAACUCGCCAAAGAAGCAAAUGCAAUCUUGGUUUGUUUCAUUGCUUCUAAUUUUUAA